AUGUUCAAUAAAUAUCCUCAAUUACAGAAAGGAUGGUUCGAAGUUCUGGAACCUGCUGCAUGUGUCGCCGUGCCCUCUCCUCCUUUGCAUGCAUCGUCCGCUGCUCCCUCUCCUCUCCAUGUAUCAUCGUCCGCUGCUCCCUCUCCUCUCCAUGUAUCAUCGUCCGCUGCUCCCUCUCCUCUCCAUGUAUCAUCGUCUGCUGCUUCUCCUCCUCUGCAUCUUACGUCCUCUGUUCCCUCUCCUCCUCUGUUCCCUCUCCUCCUCUGUUCCCUCUCCUCCUCUGUUCCCUCUCCUCCUCUGUUCCCUCUCCUCCUCUGUUCCCUCUCCUCCUCUGUUCCCUCUCCUCCUCUGUUCCCUCUCCUCCUCUGUUCCCUCUCCUCCUCUGUUCCCUCUCCUCCUCUGUUCCCUCUCCUCCUCUGUUCCCUCUCCUCCUCUGUUCCCUCUCCUCCUCUGUUCCCUCUCCUCCUCUGUUCCCUCUCCUCCUCUCUUCCCUCUCCUCCUCUGUUCCCUCUCCUCCUCUGUUCCCUCUCCUCUGUUCCCUCUCCUCCUCUGUUCCCUCUCCUCCUCUGUUCCCUCUCCUCCUCUGUUCCCUCUCCUCCUCUGUUCCCUCUCCUCCUCUGUUCCCUCUCCUCCUCUGUUCCCUCUCCUCCUCUGUUCCCUCUCCUCCUCUGCUCCCUCUCCUCCUCUGAUCUCUAUCCUUAA